AUGGAUGUGGAGGACUGGGAUUUGAGCGCAGAGGACCUCGAUUCCCUCGAAAGAGAUGCUUUCCAGAAGAUUUCUCAACUACGCAACCCUCCUCCUCCUUCUUCUCCGCAUCAACAUCACAAUUCUGCAACUACAACAACGAAUUACUUCCCACCAAAACCCCUUCCCAAUUCGCGUCCCCAAACUGUUGGUGCUUCGUCUCAAGGAGCAAGAGCAUUGCCCACGUCAUUGAAAUCAGGGACAAACAACGACAAACAUUCAGAAAAAGGGCUGAUAAAGUUUUCAGUCAAAUUUUUUCUUCAUUCCAGUGGAAAUAUUGCAGCAAAGUUUCAAUAUGACCAGGUAGUAGUUGCUGCUUUUCGAAAAGUCCCUAAAUCUUCUUGGAAUGCAAAGGAACGGUUAUGGAUAUUUCCGCAAUCUUCCUUGUCAGAAGCAGAAAAGUUUCUUGGAGAAAUAUCAGGUUAUAAUGUUCAGAUAGAAAACUUAGAUCCCUUAGUGCAACGUGCCAUUGCUGCAGCUUCUGCUGUUCCAGAUCUUCAAGAUCGUUACCACAAGAUUCCUAGUUAUAUUGAAUCAAAGCUAUUGCCAUUUCAGCGAGAAGGUGUUAGGUUUAUAUUGCAGCAUGGAGGACGUGUUCUCUUAGCAGAUGAAAUGGGACUUGGGAAAACAUUGCAAGCCAUUGCUGUAGCUUCAUGCAUUCAGGAGUCGUGGCCUGUUCUCAUAAUUGCACCAUCUUCGUUACGCUUGCAAUGGGCUUCUAUUGUCUUACCUCAAAGUGGUGGAUCAAAUAGAGGAGGUUUCAAUAUAGUAUCUUCAAGUGCUAAAAACAGUAUUCGUCUGGAUGGACUAUUCAACAUUAUCUCAUACGAGUUGGUGCCAAAACUACAGAAUAUGCUUAUGACAUGUGAAUUUAAGGUUGUGAUUGCUGAUGAAUCACAUUUUCUGAAAAAUGCUCAGGCAAAGAGGACAACUGCUUCUCUUCCUGUCAUAAAGAAAGCUCAAUAUGCAUUAUUGCUUAGUGGAACACCUGCGUUAUCCAGACCAAUUGAACUAUUCAAGCAGCUGGAAGCUUUGUAUCCUGAUGUAUAUAAGAACGUUCAUGAAUAUGGUAACCGGUACUGCAAGGGUGGAUUUUUUGGACUUUAUCAAGGUGCGAGUAAUCAUGAAGAGUUGCACAACUUGAUGAAGGCAACAGUGUUGAUUCGCAGGCUUAAAAGUGAUGUUCUUUCUCAACUUCCUGUAAAGCGCAGGCAACAAGUCUUCCUAGACUUGGCUGACAAGGACAUGAAGCAAAUUAAUGCUUUAUUUCGAGAGUUGGGGAUGGUAAAAGCUAAAAUUAAGGCAGCUAAAUCACAAGAGGAGGCAGAAUCACUCAAGUUUACUCAAAAGAAUAUAAUUAACAAGAUAUAUACUGAUUCAGCAGAAGCCAAGAUUCCAUCUGUUCUUGAUUAUGUUGGAACUGUCAUUGAGAUUAGAUGUGAACAGACCGUUGUUGAGCUGAUUGAUUUAUCUCAUGCUUCACCUAACCGAAUGAGUAUGGUUAAGGAUGGCAUCUGCGGUUUUGCAGGUUGCAAGUUUCUUAUAUUUGCACACCAUCAGCCAAUGAUUGAUUCAAUACAUGAAUUCCUUCGUAAGAAAAAAGUGGGUUGCAUCCGGAUUGAUGGAGGUACACCUGCUGCAUCCAGGCAACAAUUGAUUACAGAGUUUCAGGAAAAGGAUUCUAUAAAAGCAGCAGUGCUAUCUAUUAAAGCUGGAGGCGUUGGGUUAACUUUAACUGCUGCCAGCACAGUAAUCUUUGCAGAAUUGUCUUGGACUCCCGGUGACCUAAUUCAGGCCGAGGACCGCGUCCAUAGAAUUGGCCAGGUGUCUUCAGUAAAUAUAUACUACUUGCUAGCAAAUGACACGGUUGAUGACAUCAUAUGGGAUGUAGUGCAAAGCAAACUGGAAAAUCUGGGGCAGAUGUUAGACGGUCAUGAAAAGGCCUUGGAGGUCUCGGCUAGUCUGCCAGAGAAUAGCCCUUCAAAGCAGAAAACUCUAGACCAGUUUGUUAGAAGACCUGAAAACAUGGAUACGUUGGUGAAUAGCCCUUCAAGGCAGAAAACACUAGACCAGUUUGUUAGAAGAUGUGAUAACAUGGAUAAGUUGGAACAUGACCCCGACCCCAACCCCAAACGUCCCCGAAACACUGACCCUUGA